UGUUUUGUGUUUAUGUUUUUUUGCCGCAAAACUUAUAUAACGUUAACAAAAAAAAUUUUGGUUUCAAUUGUCGUUUAUUUUCGGAGGACAUAUGGGAUUCAAUUGCGGCGAUGUUAUUGUCCGAUGUCGGCCACUGGUACACACCCUGAGUGCCGAUCAAAAAUCCAAACGAUGCGACCAUUGUUUCAAACAACGAGAUCAGCUCCAGAAGUGUUCAAACUGUAAGUCAAUGUACUAUUGCGACCGUAGAUGUCAGCGACAGGACUGGUCUGGCGGUUGUCAUCGAAACGAGUGUCCAGUUUUCUCGUGUGGCGGCGGCGGCGGCGGCGGCGAUGAUGGCGUCAACCAGUGGCUAAUGGACAGAGACUGCGACCGAUUUCUUCUAAGACUAUAUCUACUAACGACUACUAGUACUGGAUGUCUGACUGAUAGCCAAAAAGCCGGUGGCGGUGAUGAUGACCAUCAACUAAGACGCCAUAAACUAGACGACGACGGCUGCGGCCGCAGUAGUCGUCGAUCACUCGGCGAUCUGAUGACACACUACGAUGAAGUGGCCGCCGAUACCAAUCGUAUGCGCUAUUUUACCGAAAUGUCCAAACGAUUUACCGCUUCGGGCAUCGACUUUGACGGCGAACUACUGUUUGAAUUGUUUUGCAAAGUCUGUAUCAACUCGUUCUCCAUACUGAACGACGAACUGAAUCCGAUCGGUUCGGGUCUAUACCUGUCGGGAUCGCAGUUCAAUCAUAGUUGUCGACCGAAUGCGGCCACAGUUUUCAACGGUACGGAACUGGAAGUCCGAGCUGUCCGCCAGAUCUCGGAUACCGACGAAAUUUUGGUCAACUAUUUAGAUCUGAAGAUGUCGGCAACGGAACGUCGGCGUAAACUUCGCGAACAAUACUAUUUUGAUUGCAAUUGUUGUCAAUGUUUAUCAUCAUUAGCAUCAUUGACAUCGACAUCAUCGUCACCGAUAACUGAUCCGCAACAACAACAACAACAGCAACAACUCAUCGACAAUGCAUUAGCUAUUAAACAAUUGGAUCAGGAGUUUGAUCGGCUAAUUGAUUCAAAAAAUGAUUGGCAAAAAUGUAUGCAAAUUGGUUUAGAAACUCUACCUCUAUAUAGACAGUGUUACGGUGACUAUCAUCCCGACCUGACUGUCCAAUUGGUACGAGUGCUGAAAGUUAUGCUAUUAGUGGUCAACAAUAAUAAUACAAUGAUAUUAGAUAUGAUUAAAACAGUUCGGAAUGCUAUCGAAAUAACCCAUGGAUUGCAUAACAAUUUGUUUAAUAUUUUCAAUUUAACAUAUAACCCACUGAUGGCCAUAGAUGAAGACAGGGUUUAUAAAAGGGCUUAG